UUUCCGUUCAGUAGCAGUUUAGACUUUUCUCGGCUUGGAGCUCGUCCUCGGUUUGGCUUCCCCGGUGGCCACUUUCGGAUUGUAACCAUUCUGUGGAGUUCUGCUGCUUUGUGUGAGAGAUAGUGUGUGGUGGAUGUGGACUUGGCCCGUGUCUCUGUCAGUUGGACGACGGCGUGCUGAGGAAUUUGGCACUGUUGGUGGAUUUCUUUUUAUGCUGGGAUUAACUGACAUUUCGAGGAUUACCGGUUGAGGUGUACUUUUGUGUCUGGGUUGUUGGCCGUUGACAUCGCAGCGGCUGCCGUAGACACACGAGAAAAGUGCCAAACAAUUUGGAUAUUAAACAGUUCUGUGUACAAAGCAGGUGUCUUUCUCGGAGUGACAUCACUGGCUGUGAAUGGAGUCAGCACUAAAUAAAAAAAAAGUGUGGAAUUAAAUUUGGGCCGAAUAUAUAAAGUGUUAAUCUACCCGCUCGCUUUGGAUACUCAGCUGAGUUGGUGAUUUUUGGCCAUCCCAGUCAAUCGCGCGUGCCGACAUGGGUGUGAGCUGUGGCCGCUUUUCGCAAGGAUUCACUCAGUGUAAUUGAAAAGUCCGCCGCGCAGUGCUUCACUCCGAUCGAUGCGAUGGUGAACACAGGCAAGAAUUUAAAUUAAAAAAGGAUUAAAGGAUUAAAACAGUGCAUCGACGUGGAAAAUUCAGUGUAUGUGUGCACAAAAGCCGAUUCGAGGAAAAACGUGUUUUGGUUGGUGUGAACGAGCUUUAACGGUUGCGGAUCGAAAAGUGUUAAUGCAUUUAAACUGCUGAUAAAGAUGGCGAAAAUUGCGCCAAAUAAUUUUCCAUCCGACCAGACGACACUGGCACCCGCCGUCUGACGGCAUCACCCCCCGCAAGACGUCCCGAAUCGAAAACGAGGAAUCCAAGCGUACCCAGCCGUGCCGGGGGAAAAUUCAAUGAAGCUGUAAUCACAUCGUUGACGGGAAAAAUUUAAGCUCUAACGGAAGAACGCUUGCCGGACUCUGGUCGUGAGUUGGUAGGAAGGAAGUUAUGCAAGCAAGAGAAUUGCGAUAACACAGUUUUCGCUGGUGCAUGAGACGAUACGAAACGAGCACUUGCUCGGGGUGAGGAAAAGCGCGAUUAAUUUCACGGGAAUGAGGAAACGAAUUUUGGCAUAAGAAAGUUUUGGAUCUACUCCGGUGAUGUAACAACGUACGGCCGUCUUUAUCAGAAUUAAUGAAGUCACUUCAACGAAUGGACGAAGAAAAAUAACUGACGAAAAACGUAUCCCUGUCUAAAGAAAAUAAGUUAUUGAGACCGACCAUUUCACCGAAUCUAACAGCUGAGCGUAGUGCAAACAGCCAUAAAAAGAAACAGCAGCAGCAGCGUCGAAUGAAUGGAAAAUAAAAUAUAAGUUUUCCUCCCGACCAACUCCGGGGAAGAACUACAAUAGCAGCAGCAUAGAGAUCAUACAGGUACAAGUAAUAAUAAAGCAGUAGCACCUCGCUUCGAGGUUCUUCCCGUUAGUUCCCGAACGGUUCCCCACAGGUGAACGGGCGAAUGUUUGCUUUUCGGAAAAGUUGAAGUGAAAAUGGAUAAUGCCUAGUGUAGUGUGUUCGUUCAACGGAGACAGAAGAAAAUCCCAGAUGAGCAACAGUAAAUAGUGAAACCUACCUCCUCCCGAGGGCAUCGAAGUGAGACCCCAGCCCUGCUUAGUUCAACGUCAUUGGUCUGUUUAUGCGGGAUUAUUGUGUAUGACUCGUUGGCCGUCUGCCAGAAGUGUGAAAAUUUGUCGGUGUCCGAGUCCGAGGUGGCAAAAGAGAGAAACCUGUUUGUGUGGGUGACCGGUGGUGUGGAAAGUCGGGGCGAAUUCUAUUAUAAUAGCCACAACAACAGUAAACAUACAUACCGGCAACCACUUGUGAAAACGAAUAGUGAGUCGAGAGGCUUGAGUCCGGAAAUCCCUUCCGAGAUUCCGGGAGCACGGUCCCCGGCGUCACCCCGCCGUGCUGUGGUUGGUGAGAAGUGCUUUGUGUACGUUUGAGGCGAGGAGCGGCGGAAAAUUUGUCCUCGGGCCAAGAAAACUUUCAGGAAAGGAAGACGCCCGGUGCGCACCAAAGGUGGAAAAUAAUGGCCGGAUAUGUGUGUCAUAUUUUACUAUUCUUUCUCUUCGCCCAGGAAACGGCUUACGGCACAUCGUACGGCAACUCGCUGUCCGAUCCGCUGUCAGAUCCAGACUUCAUCGACAACCCACCGUUGAUUCAGCCAAAGUUCACAUCCCGGUCCCAGUCGAUACGGGCCGUCAUUGGCGAUACGAUCACGCUGCCGUGCGAGGUGGAUAAUUUGGGGAAUAACAUCCUGCUGUGGCGUCGAGGGAGUGCCGUCGUGACUGCAUCAAACCUCAUCAUCACCAGAGAUCUGCGCUUCAAGUUGUUGAAAGGCUACACGCUGCAGAUUAAGAACGUCCGACCGCAGGACGCCGGAGACUACAGCUGCCAGGUCGGCGACCACGACAACCGGGACUUGGUGCACACGGUGGAAAUCCUCGUUCCGCCAUCGGUGCGCUCCGUCCCGGAAACGGGUCACGUAACGGUGCGGAAGGGCGGUACCGCCACGCUCGAGUGCAAAGCUAGCGGAAAUCCCGUACCCAGCAUCAGCUGGAGCCGCAAGGAUUCACUGCACGGAUCGCCCCAUCUGGCAGAGGGACCAACACUCACGCUCGAGAGUGUCAGCCGACAGGACAGUGGAACGUACCGCUGCUAUGCGGACAAUGGCAUUCGGGAGCCCGUGUUUGUCGACUUGCAACUCAUCGUUCUGUCUCCACCGGAAAUAACCGUUGAGAAAACUUGGGUCCACGCCGGCGAGGGCUACGAAGCACAACUGGUUUGCACCGUCCAUGGCGAUUCGACUCCGGAGUUUCCGCAUUUACAUAAUUUGCAGAUGAUGUGGUACCAGGAUUCGUUCCUCCUACACCCGAACGAUCGCCGAACAAUGGACUCCAGAGGGGACAAGCACUAUCUCACGAUACGGAAUGUGCGCCAGUCCGAUUUUGGCAAUUACAGCUGUGUGGCGGAAAACACCCUCGGACGUGCCAAAAAAUACAUCGAAAUGUCCGGCCGACCGGGCCCGGCCCAGUUCCACUCCCCGAUGUACAGCCGCUACCGAGAAAUGUACAACCUGACCUGGAGCGUCGAGUCAUUUCCACCGAUCGAGGAAAUUCGAUUACUUUACCGAAAGUUAAUGAUGAACGAGUCUUAUCAGCAUCCGGGCAGAUGGCACGACGUCAUACUAAACCCGCCGUCGACCCGGGCCGAGUCCUACCGGCACAUCAUGACGUACACCAUCCGGAAUCUGGACCCCAAUUCGGUGUACGAGACGAUCGUUCAGGCGAAAAAUCGAUACGGCUGGAACGAGGUCAGCGACAUAUUCCAGUUCUACACACUUAGCAGUGACAUGCCGGAAGAGGACGUCGAACAGACGCUGGGAUCGACCGCAUUCGGGAACCCGUUCGGGUGGGCCAACGCAGUCCAGUCGAAUUGCCGCGCCAGUUGGAUGCUUUUGUUCAGCAUUUCACUCUUGCUGGCACUCAUGACGUGUUCGUCAGAUCUUUAAGCACGAAUAACAGGUCCUAUUAUGUUUAGUUUUUGGUGACGCAAUUUGUUUUCACUUUAGCAUGGUAAGGCUUAAGCUUAAUGAGAUUUAAAAGAUGGAAAACUGAUUUAGAAUGGAUAUGUCCCUCAACAGUGAUGGUGAUGCAACAAAAGUGAAAUAAUAUUGAUAAAAAUUUAAAGCCCUAUUUGAAGCACGACUUUAAGACUUGAUAGAGAAGAUGAUGAGAAUAAACAUUCCAAAAGAUGCUAUAUUAGGAUUACGAGGUAACAAAUUGUGACUAAUUUCUUUUGUAAGAUAGAUUUUCUUUUUAUCAAUAAUACUCUGAAGAAGAUUAAUAACAAAUAAAUAAAAAAGAAACAUUCUGAAAUGAAAAGAUACAAAAUGUAAGUGUAAACUAGUUGUAAGUAUGUGUCCUAGAGCAAGCAAGCUAGAGAGUCAAAUGACCAUCGAUUAGUUGGAAUCAUCCAUUGUGAAUAAUGUGGAAUCGCAGGCAACGUCAUACCCAUUUUUUAAAUAAAACUAAUUUUAAAACCUGAA